AUGAAACUCCUUCUUAGUAUUCCGCUCUUUGUCUCUGCGCUGGUUGUGGAGGCUACUUCUGGUGGAGGUCCAGUCAAUAAUCAAGUCCAUGAUGAGGCUCGAGCUAUAUCCAACGGAGGUGUUGAUUUACCGGGAACCUCACUUGUCACCGUCAAUAAUGUAGUUGUCGCAUCAACACUAGCUUCUGCCUUUGGCGACUCCUCUGCUUCUGCUACUAUCAAAGUCUCUGCAGCUGCAUCAAGUCUUUCUGAUAACUUCCCUCCUGUUAGCCCUGGUCAUACAAACGUUCGCAGCAGCACGUAUGAGUCUACAACUAUUGUUCUCUCUACUAUCACUGUAACACCAAAGCAAUCAGUUGAUGUCGCUCCUGUUACACAGGCUUCCACUUCUCCUUCUGCUAUCGAUAGCCAAGAUGCUGCUCUUGUUUCUCCAGCUGAUUCUGGUGCUGCGAUUACAUCUCAACCAUCCCAAGCCACCUCCGAUAUCACUCAGCCAUUGGUAUUGGUGACAUCUAGCCUAGAAGCAGAACCAUCUUCUUCAGCUGCCGCUGUCGCUCCACUUUCUUCAACUAUCCAAUCUUCUGCCGUUCAAACAUCUAUUGUUGAAUCUUCUGCAGUUCCAACAUUAACCACUGAAUCCGCUCUAGAUGACCAAUACACUUUUUCAUCGCCACUUACAGGAUCCUCGGCUGCUAUAUCUACUGCUGUUCUAUCAUUGCCUUCGCAAUCGUUGACAAUUCAACCAACACCACUUCAAUCAUCUGCAGCUCAAACAUUGUCAGAAAGCAGUAUCAGUCAAGUUUCGAAUGCUCUAAGCCUUCCAACCAUUGGUACCAGUGAUGCUCCAUUGCUAAACAGUACCGCUUCAACUGUUCAAUCAUUGAAUAAGUCUGUGACUUAUCCAAACUAUACGAUUGUUUCAGCUUCUUCGGCAUCUAGUUCAUCUAGCCCUGCUGCUUCUGCCAUUGUCGGAACACCACUAAGCAACUCCGCAAGCAUUCCUACAAUUAAUCCACCAUAUAACAAUGUUUCCAGUACUGUUAUCUCUGCUAUUGUUGGCACCCCACCAAGUGUUUCCAUCAACAAUUAUUCAAGUACUCCUGCAUCAGACAAUAUUGGCACAACCUCAACUUCAACUACAAGCACAACUACCAUCACUUCAACAACGACUCGUACCGGUACCAUCACCAAGACCAUCACCAAACCAUCUGCUGAUAUUACUUCUCAAAGUAUUAUUGGCAAAUUUCCUGAUACUGAUGGCCCAUCCCCAGCUGCGCCCACUACAGAAACCUUCACUUCUGGUGGUCGUACUUGGACUACAACCGAGACUGGUCCUCCAAGUACUAUUACUGCAUCUCUCAUGUUGAACCCAUCAUAUGCUGCUUCUAGAAAUGGCGGAGUUGUUGCUUCUAAUGGUGCUGCGCCAUCUUCAGGAGCUUGCACUUGCCCAUCCCAGGUUACCAUCACUGUUACCGCAACACCAUUCAUUGUUACAGGAGGUACUCUUACAGCUACUGGUACAAUACUUGCAUCAUCUGCCAAUUCUCCACAAGAAUCCAGCAAUUCUUCAUCCCAGACAGCAUACUAUCCACCAGCUCAAGCAUCAUGGACUACACACAGCGUUCCUGGAUUCAUCGGUGUUACCAUUCCAAGCGGAGGCAUGUCAUAUCCUCCUGAAGGAUCAGCUACUUACUCACCCUCCACCGCUGCCACCAACUCUCCUUCUUUCUCCCACACUCAUCCAUACAUGAGUAUCGAGCCCAUACCAAAUCUUAGCGCUUUCUCCAACUACUCCACAACCAGUGCCACCAGUCUUCUAGGAACAGUAGUAGGAACCGGCGUCGGCACAGUCGUUACUCCAAAUUAUGCCUCUACUACCAAACCAUCAGUUGGUCUUCCACCAGCCGCCACAGUCACCCCGACCAUUUACACUGGUAACGCUGACGUCAAUGUCGCCGGCACUGAAUCCGUCGCGUUGGUCGUUGGUUUUGUCGCUCUUGUUCUUCUUUUCUAA